ACUAAACACACACGCGCUUAUGUUUAUGUGUGCAUAUGCGUGCGCAAGUGCGAGUGGGAGCGCAAUAGAGCCGAUAGAACAAGAGAAACCGGCAAUAACCAGAGAAAUGCUAAAAUAGCCACGAUCUCUGGCACUGGCCACGUUUUGAAAUGUUUUGGCGUUAUUAAAACAUUUUUCGUGCUGGCAUUGGGACAAACCUAAUAAUUAUACAGAAAAAUAUACAUGUAUAUGUGUGUGUGUGUGCGUGCUGUGUGCAUGAGUGAGACACUUUAUUCGCCGCUUUGGCAAAAUUCUGGCAUUGUUAUUCGCAUUUGCAGCGACGACUCAUCAUAAAUAAUGUCCGAAGAUGCGAAGAGUCCACGCACCCGAAACAUUAUCGAGAAUCAACUCUUUCGCCGGCAGCGCAGUUUAAAGCUCGAGGCGCUGCAGAGACAACGCUCGCAACAUGGGACCAUCGACGUCAUCGACGACGACGAAGAAGCGGAGACAUUUGGCAAGACGUACAUAGUUAUCAUAUUCACGGAGAAGGCGAAGCUGCGCCACUGCCAGGAUGUGGAGAAGAUCAUUCAAGAGUUUGAUAUACAAACCACACUGGAAAUUGUCAGCAAAACCGAAAAGUAUUUGUAUCUGUCCGCCAGCUUGGAUACGCUGCUCCGUCUGGCCGAUGCCGCCGAGCUGGAGAAGAUGACAACAACGGGCAGCAUGCAAAAGUUCAACUAUGGCUGUGUCUCCGAUUUCCUGCUGCCGGGCAUGACGCAGGAGCAAAUAUUGCAUUACUGCGAGACACCUGUGCUGAUUAAGGAUGUCGUGGAGCCGGCUAUAAGAUCGUAUAUACAGAAGGGCUACAUCGAGGACAUGUUUCCAUUGCAUGAUAUUCUCUAUUUGGAUCGCUUCCAUUUUAACCUGAAACGCACAACUUUGCCCAUCGAGGAGAUACGCAACUACUUUGGCUCCAGCAUUGGCCUGUACUUUGCCUUCAUUGAGUUCUAUACAAAGGCCCUGAUCUUUCCGGCUGUGUUUGGCAUACUGCAAUCCCUCAUGAAUCUCAAUCUUUCGCUCGUGUGCAGCUUCUAUGUGGUUUGGACAACGAUAUUUCUGGAACUGUGGAAGCGCCGAUGUGCUGGGCUCUCCUAUCGCUGGGGCACCAUUGAGAUGAGCAGCUUGGAUAAGCCUCGCGCUGGCUACCAGGGCCAACUGAAGCCGGAUCCGAUAACGGGCAAGAUGACCCUGCACUAUCCGAUGCGCUAUACGUACCUGCAAAUGUAUUGCAUUUCGUAUCCGGUGGUGCUGGGCUGCGUGGUGGCUGCCGCCUGGUUUGCUCUGUAUCAGUUUCAAAUAGAGGCCGAGGUGCUGGCCGAUUUCGGAGCGGAUUCCUGGCUGCUCUAUAUACCCGUCAUUGUGCAGUCCAUGCUGAUAGCGAUUUUCUCGUGGGCAUACGAAAAGCUUGCCACAUUCCUGACCAAUUUGGAGAAUCAUCGCACCAGGUCGCAGUACGAGCGGCAUCGGGUCAAUAAGCUGAUGCUCUUCGAGAUUGUGAACAACUUCUUCUCCCAGUUUUAUAUUGCGUUCGUGCUGCAGGAUCUCAAGCAGCUCAAGUACCAGCUGAUGAUGCAGUUGCUCAUCUUCCAAUUGGUGUGCAUAGCACAGGAGAUUGGCAUACCACUGAUGGCGGUGCUGCGACAGAAGUAUGCCAAGUAUCGCCACAAGGAGAUCGAGCCAGAGAAGCUGCGCAGCAUCAGCAACAAGCCGCGCUACGAGCAAGCAUUCUACGAGUCCGGCCUCGAUGAAUACCAUUCCACGUACGAGGACUAUCUGCAGGUCUGCAUACAGUUCGGCUACGUGGUGCUCUUUGCGGCCGUGGCGCCCUUUGCCGCCAUCGGUGCGCUGAUCAACAACGUGUUCGCCGUCCACAUCGACAUGUUCAAGCUGUGCAACAUCUUCAAGCGUCCCUUUGGGCGUCGUGCCAAGAACAUUGGCGCCUGGCAGCUGGCCUUCGAGCUGCUCUCUGUGAUGUCGCUGCUGAGCAACUGUGGCCUGCUCUUUCUCCAGCCGAAUGUCAAACAAUUCUUUGCCCAUUGGCUGCCCUCCAUACCGGAUCUGUCCUUUGUCAUCUUCGAGCAUCUGCUGCUGGGCCUCAAGUUUCUCAUACACAAGGUGAUUCACGAGCGACCGCGCUGGGUGCGCAUCGGACUGCUGAAGGCUGACUAUGAGACCAGCCAGGCGCUGAAGCAGCUCAAGAAAUUCAAAGCGGCCAACAAAAUGGCUUAGACGGUGCCAACGGCCGCCAUCCUGGCCAAUAUAUGUAUAAACGCGAACCAGUCCAUUUACAUACAAAUUAACGUAUACUUAAAUGCUUUUAUUGUAAAUCUCUCAACUAAUGGUGCCUUAAAUACGAGUUUGCGCUCAUAUUUAGCUAUAUAUUAAAUACAUUUCACGUACCUAACUGCAUAAA